UAGAUAUUAGCAAAUUGGCAAAAUCAGAAUAAUAAAAAUGGAUCAAGUAUUCCAUGCAAACCGAUCAAAUUUAUUAAAAGUUUACAACAAAAGUGAAAAAGAUAUUGAAAGUGAUGUGAAUACAAUUUUAGCAACAAUAAGACAACAAGCACAUUUUCCAACAUUCAAAGAGGAAACGUUAAGGAGAAAAAUUGAAACAUAUCUUAUAUAUACUAAAUUUCAUUAUGAAAGAACUAAAAAACAAUUGGAUUUAUGUUAUGCAUAUAGACAUGUUUAUCCCGAAUUUUUUGAUAAUUGGGAUGUAUGUAGUCCUGAAUUUGAAAACAACCUUGACGAAUGUCGAUGUUUACCACUUCCAUACCUUACAACAGAUUUAUACCGCAUCACUUUGGCAGAACUAACAGAUAAAUUUGUGGACAAACAUUUUGAACCAAUAGUGCAUAUGAAAAUAGGCAUAAUGAGUUUGGAAAUGCGAUUUCAACAUGACCAUAAUGUAUCAGAUAUUUUAUUAUUUAAUUGCUCAAAAGUUAAUAUGGGUUUGAUCAAAAAAUUUACACCGUCUUUAAUUAAAAAAAUUUCGGAUGUUGUUAUUAAAGGUUACAGUUUUCGACUUGCUGGAGCACAUUUAUUAUACCCACCAAGCAGUAUUUCAAUUUUAUUAAAUAUUUUUAAACUUCUAAUAAAACCAAAGUUAUACGAACGAAUUCAUUUACAUAGUGACCUUGAAUCAUUACAUAAGGUAGUGCCAAAAGAAUUGUUACCAAAAAAUUAUGGUGGUGAUUUACCUGAUAGCCAAAUAUUAGCAGAUCGGUGGUAUGAAAUGUUGAGAAAUAAUCGUGCUAAUUUAAUAGAAGAAUCUAAAAUGCGAACUGAUGAAUCCAAACGAAUUGAUAAAUUAAAUGAUGAUGAAUUUUUUGGUUCGAUGCAUGGUUCAUUUAAAAAAUUGGAAUUUGAUUGAUUUUUUGUUUAAAUGGAAAAUGUAUAGUAAUUUCAAAAGAAGUUGGACCUUUAUUUAAUGUCCAAUAAUUGGAAAUAACCAAACCAACAGACAAAAUUAAAUAGUACUAUUAAAAAAUCGAUCGAUUGCUUUAGCAAUUCUCUUUAGUAGCAUUAAAUCCUUAAAACUAAAAUAAGACAAUCAAAAUAAAAUCAAAUCAAAAAAUCA